AUGGCUAUGGACUCCAACUCCUUCUCUGUCCUCCGCGACAACCAGAAGCAGUACAGGCAGACAGCCAUUGUUGAGAACCCUUACGCAUCCGAGAGCGAAAAGAUGAAGUCGCUGGAGCGCAAGGCUCGUAUGGAGGAGUGCCUUCAGUCGAAGACCAAGGACGUGUGCGAUGCUGAGGAGCGAUUCCGCAAGAUCAACGAGGGCGAGGACAACGGCGUCAGGAAGGGCAGCGAUCCUCUCACUGUCGCGCUCCCUGUUGUCAUCACCACCGGCCUUUCUGGGUUCCUUCUUAAGUUCCUUAACCGAUAA